AUGCGGAAUAUCCAGCUCAUAAAUCAGGGAAAUCAUGGGGGAACUGUCUACCAAACAGUUAACAUCAAUCAUGAUGUGAAUGUUGCUAUAUUCAACAUUUAUUCCGGAGCACACUCCUCCAAUGCAAUCUUCAACUACAACCAUGGUAUAAUUGCUUACCACAUGCUAUACAAGAAGAUAUGUGUUGUUUCCAGGAUGAACAGGGCAACCUUUCCAACUUUAAACCAACUUGAGGCCAUGGUCAAUAAUCAAAGGGACCUGAAUUCCCUCUGCAGAAGCUAUGGGAUAUCCCGCAACUAUGUCACAAAUGUAGCUGGACUUGGGGCACCCAUCCAGGCAGCAUGCAGAGGACUUUCCACCUACUGGGCUACUGAGUAUGACAGACCACAAAAAGUACUUAGUGGUACUGGCUGCAUCGGUGUUAAACUCCUCAUUCUGGAUGUGAACCUGUGUGGCAGCCUUAAGCUCUUCUAA